AUCUAUUUUGUAUCCAUUUCUUUAUAUUCUCUUUAACUAGAGGAAUAUCUUUUUUUUUUCUUCUUCUUCUCCUUCUCUCUCUACUCCUUUUUAUACAUUAAAAGAAAAAAAAAGAAAAAAGAGAUAUACAAAACUUCUUUUUUUUUUCUUCUUGUACCUUCCUACUUUGAUUCUCUUCAUCAAUCAUAUUCUAUCUCAACUUAAAAUAGACACGACACUUUUAUAAUACGUAUGGUUGAUCAUAAAAGUUUACCAAGUCAUUUCUUGGGUGGAAACUCUGUGGAAAAGGCACCUCAAGAUCCUGUCAAAGAGUUUGUUGAAGCUCAUGAAGGUCAUACUGUUAUUUCUAAAGUCUUGAUUGCUAACAAUGGUAUGGCAGCUAUGAAAGAAAUUCGUUCAGUUCGAAAAUGGGCAUAUGAAACCUUUGGCAAUGAACGCGCCAUUGAAUUCACUGUUAUGGCUACUCCUGAAGAUUUAAAAGCUAAUGCUGAAUAUAUUCGUAUGGCUGAUAAUUAUGUCGAAGUCCCUGGUGGUUCAAAUAACAACAAUUACGCUAAUGUUGACUUGAUUGUGGAUGUAGCUGAACGUACUGCUGUACAUGCUGUAUGGGCUGGUUGGGGACAUGCUUCUGAAAAUCCUCGAUUACCUGAAAUGUUAGCAAAAUCUAAAUACAAAUGUCUUUUUAUUGGUCCUCCUGCUUCAGCUAUGAGAUCUCUUGGUGAUAAGAUUUCAUCUACUAUUGUUGCUCAAAGUGCUCAAGUACCUACUAUGGGUUGGAGUGGUGAUGGAGUUACUGAUACUGUUUUAGAUCAUAAUGGUCAUGUUGUUGUACCUGAUUCUGCUUAUGCUUCUGCUUGUGUCAAAACUGCUGAAGAAGGUUUAAUUUCUGCUGAAAAGAUUGGUUAUCCUGUUAUGAUCAAGGCAUCUGAAGGUGGUGGUGGUAAAGGUAUUCGAAAGGUGGAUGAUCCAUCAACAUUCAAACAAGCUUUCCAUCAAGUCCAAGGUGAAAUCCCGGGUUCUCCUAUCUUUAUUAUGAAAUUGGCUGGAAAUGCUCGUCAUUUGGAAGUUCAAUUAUUGGCUGAUCAAUACGGAAAUGCUAUCAGUUUGUUCGGUCGUGAUUGUUCAGUACAACGUCGUCAUCAAAAAAUUAUCGAAGAAGCUCCUGUCACUAUUGCCAAGUCUGAUAUUUUUGAACAAAUGGAAAAGGCUGCUGUCCGUCUUGGUAAAUUGGUAGGUUAUGUCUCUGCUGGUACCGUGGAAUAUCUUUAUAGUCAUUAUGAUGAAAAAUUCUACUUUUUGGAAUUAAAUCCUCGUCUUCAAGUCGAACAUCCUACAACUGAAAUGGUUUCUGGUGUCAAUCUACCUGCUGCUCAACUUCAAAUUGCUAUGGGUAUUCCUUUACAUCGUAUUCGUGAUAUUCGUGUAUUAUAUGGCGUUCAACCUAAUAGUGCAUCUGAAAUUGAUUUUGAUCUUGAAAAUCCUACUUCUCUCCAAAGUCAUCGUCGUCCUGUUCCCAAAGGUCAUGUUAUUGCUGUCCGUAUUACUGCCGAGAAUCCCGAUGCUGGGUUCAAACCCUCAGGUGGUAUUAUGCAAGAACUCAAUUUCCGAUCAAGUACAAAUGUCUGGGGUUACUUCUCUGUGGUCUCUGCUGGUGCUAUGCACGAAUACGCUGAUUCUCAAUUUGGUCACAUCUUUGCCUAUGGUGAAAAUCGUCAACAAUCAAGAAAGAACAUGGUCAUUGCUUUGAAGGAAUUGUCUAUUCGUGGUGACUUUAGAACUACCGUGGAAUACAUCAUCCGUUUGUUAGAAACUCCUGAUUUUGCCGAUAACACUAUCAAUACUGGUUGGUUGGAUAUGUUGAUUUCUAAGAAAUUAACGGCUGAACGUCCCGAUAGUAUGUUGGCUGUAUUCUGUGGUGCUGUUACUAAGGCUCAUAUGGCUUCAGUUGAAUGUUGGCAACAAUAUAAGGUGUCAUUGGAAAAAGGUCAAGUACCUAGCAAGGAAUCAUUGAAAACCGUCUUCACUGUAGACUUUAUUUAUGAAAAUGUACGAUACAACUUUACUGUCACUCGAUCUGCUCCUGGUAUCUAUACUCUAUACUUGAAUGGUACUAAGACUCAAGUGGGUGUUCGUGAUCUUUCUGAUGGUGGUCUCUUGGUUUCUUUGAAUGGUCGUUCUCAUACCACUUAUUCCCGUGAAGAAGUUCAAGCUACUCGUUUGAUGAUUGAUGGCAAGACUUGUCUUCUUGAAAAAGAAAGUGAUCCUACUCAAUUACGUAGUCCUUCUCCUGGUAAACUUGUUAGUCUAUUAUUGGAAAAUGGUGAUCAUAUCAAAUCCGGUGAAGCUUAUGCUGAAAUUGAGGUUAUGAAAAUGUAUAUGCCUUUGGUUGCUACUGAAGAUGGUCAUGUCCAAUUCAUUAAACAAGUAGGUGCUACUCUUGAAGCUGGUGAUAUUAUUGGUAUUCUAUCUUUGGAUGAUCCUAGUCGUGUCAAACAUGCUUUACCUUUUACUGGUAAAGUACCUAAUUAUGGUCCUCCUCAUAUCAUUGGUGACAAACCUCAUCAACGCUUCCGUGCAACCAAGAGUGUUUUGGAAUAUGUUUUACAAGGUUACGACAAUCAAGCUUUGAUUCAAACUGUUGUAAAGGAACUUUCUACUAUUUUACGUGAUCCCGAACUUCCUUAUUCUGAAAUGACUGCUGUCAUGUCUGUUUUAUCUGGUCGUAUCCCUAAUCGUUUGGAACAACAAUUACAUUCUUUUGUCGAUCAAGCCAGCACUGCUCAAAAGGUGUUCCCUGCCAAAGAAAUCAACCAACUUGUGGAAUCUUUUGCUCGUGACAACUUGACAACUCAAUCCGAAGCAAAUGCAUACAAGACUGCUGUUGCCCCUAUUGUCGAUAUCGCCAACCGAUACAGCAAUGGAUUGAAACAACAUGAAUAUGCCGUAUAUGUGGAUUUGAUGGAACAAUAUUAUGAUGUAGAAGUACUUUUCCGUAGCCAAAGCCGUGAAGAAGAAGUGAUCUUGACCUUACGUGAUCAGAACAAGGAUGAUUUGGAAAAGGUACUUGGUAUCAUUUUGUCUCAUGCCAAGGUUAGCAUCAAAAACAAUUUGGUAUUGAUGCUUUUAGACAUUGUUUAUCCCUCUACUUCUGCUGAUGCCUUGGACAAAUGUUUCAUGCCUAUUUUGAAACGUCUCUCUGAAAUUGAUAGCCGUGCCACUCAAAAGGUGACUCUCAAAGCCCGUGAAUAUCUUAUCCUUUGCCAAUUACCUUCUUACGAGGAACGUCAAACACAAAUGUACAAUAUCCUCAAAUCAUCUGUUACUGAAAGUGUUUAUGGUGGUGGUUCAGAAUAUCGUACGCCAAGCUAUGAUGCCUUCAAGGAUUUGAUUGACACAAAAUUCAACGUGUUUGAUGUCUUACCCAACUUCUUUUACCAUGAUGAUAGCUAUAUUGCCUUGGCCGCUUUGGAAGUGUACUGUCGUCGAUCUUAUCAUGCCUACAAGAUUUUGGAUGUUGCCUACAACUUGGAACAUAAGCCUUAUAUCGUUGCUUGGAAGUUCUUGCUUCAAUCUGCCAUUGGUUCUGGUGAUUCCAACAAGCGUAUUGCUUCUUAUUCUGAUUUGACCUUUUUGCUCAACAAGACUGAAGAAGAACCUAUCCGUACUGGUGCCAUGACUGCUGUUCAAUCUUUGGAUGAUCUGCAAGCUGAAUUACCUCGUAUUCUAUCUGCUUUUGAAGAAGAACCUUUACCACCCAUGAUGAUCAACAGGGGUAAUCAAGGAAAGGAAGAACGUAUGGAAAAUAUUUUGAAUAUUGCUGUUCGUGCUGAUGCCAAUGAUGUGGAUGGUGCUAAUUAUUGGAGACCCAAGAUUGCCAGUUUGAUCAGUGCUCAUACUGCUGAAUUCCGUAAGGCCAAUCUUCGUCGUAUUACUGUGGUGGUGUGCCGUGCAAACCAAUGGCCUGAUUAUUAUACCUUCCGUGAACGUCAAGAUUACUUGGAAGAUGAAACCAUUCGACAUAUUGAACCUGCCAUGGCUUACCAAUUGGAAUUAGCUCGUUUGUCCAACUUUGAUAUCAAACCUUGCUUCAUUGAAAAUCGUCAAAUGCAUGUAUACUACGCCGUUGCCAAGGAAAAUCCCUCUGAUUGUCGAUUCUUUAUCCGUGCCUUGGUUCGUCCUGGUCGUGUCAAGAAUUCCAUGCGUACUGCUGAUUAUCUUAUUUCUGAAAGUGAUCGAUUAUUGAACGACAUUUUGGAUACUUUGGAAAUUGUUAGCCAUGAAUACAAGAACUCUGAUUGCAACCAUCUCUUCAUCAACUUUAUUCCUACUUUUGCCAUUGAAGCUGAUGAAGUCGAACAUGCUCUCAAGGACUUUGUCGAUCGUCAUGGAAAACGAUUAUGGAAGUUACGUGUCACUGGUGCAGAAAUUCGAUUCAACGUUCAAUCCAAGCGACCUGAUGCACCUAUUAUUCCUUUACGUUUCACUGUGGAUAAUGUGUCUGGAUUCAUUCUCAAGGUGGAUGUAUAUCAAGAAGUCAAGACAGAAAAGAAUGGAUGGGUCCUCAAAUCUGUUGGUAAGAUUCCUGGCUCAAUGCAUAUGCAACCUUUGUCUACUCCUCAUCCUACCAAAGAAUGGUUACAACCUCGACGUUACAAGGCUCAUCUCAUGGGUACGACUUAUGUUUACGAUUUCCCUGAACUUUUCCGUCAAGCCAUUCAUAAUCAAUGGGCUCAAGCUAUGAAGACCGAUCCUACUCUCAAAUUACCUAGUCAAGUGGUGGAAGCCAAGGAAUUAGUAUUGGAUGAAGAUAAUACACUUCAAGAAGUGGAUCGUGCUCCUGGUACAAACACUGUUGGUAUGGUUGCCUGGUUAUUGACUCUUCGUACUCCUGAUUAUCCUCGUGGUCGCCGAGUAGUAGCUAUUGCCAACGAUAUUACUUUCAAGAUUGGUUCCUUUGGUGUACAAGAAGAUAUGGUUUUCUACAAGGCUUCUGAAUAUGCUCGUCAAUUGGGUCUUCCUCGUGUCUAUCUUUCAGCCAAUUCUGGUGCUCGUAUUGGUCUUGCCGAUGAAUUAAUCAGUCGUUUCCGUGCUGCCUGGAAGGAUGAUGCCAGUCCAUCUCAAGGAUUCAAGUAUCUCUAUCUUUUACCUGAUGAAUACGAUAAUAUUGUUCGUAGUGGGGAUGCAAAGAGUGUGCUUGUGGAAGAAAUUGAAGAAGAUGGUGAAAAGCGAUUCCGUAUUACUGAUGUGAUUGGACAUACUGAUGGAUUAGGUGUGGAAAAUUUGCGUGGAUCUGGAUUGAUUGCUGGUGCUACAUCUCGUGCUUAUGAUGAUAUCUUCACUAUCACUUUGGUGACCUGUCGCUCUGUUGGUAUUGGUGCUUAUUUGGUUCGUCUUGGUCAACGCACUAUUCAAAAUGAAGGUCAACCCAUCAUCUUGACAGGUGCUCCUGCUUUGAACAAAGUACUUGGUCGUGAAGUUUAUACUUCUAAUUUGCAACUUGGUGGUACUCAAAUUAUGUACAAGAAUGGUGUAUCUCAUCUGACAGCAGAAAAUGAUUUGGAAGGUAUUGUUAAGAUUGUACAAUGGUUAUCUUAUGUUCCUGAAUAUCGUGGUGCUCCUGUUACUAUGCGUGUUGGCUCUGAUCCUGUUGAUCGUGAAAUCGAAUACAUGCCUCCUAAGGGUCCUUCUGAUCCUCGCUUCUUCUUGGCUGGUAAGAAUGAAAAUGGUAAAUGGCUCAGUGGAUUCUUCGAUCAUGGCUCUUUUGUGGAAACUCUUAGUGGUUGGGCUCGUACGGUUGUUGUUGGACGUGCUCGUCUUGGUGGUAUUCCCAUGGGUGUUGUUGCUGUAGAAACACGUACGGUGGAAAAUAUUGUACCUGCUGAUCCUGCCAAUGCUGAUUCCCAAGAACAAGUAUUUAUGGAAGCUGGUGGUGUGUGGUUCCCCAACUCUGCUUACAAGACUGCUCAAGCCAUCAAUGAUUUCAACAAGGGUGAACAAUUGCCUUUGAUGAUUUUUGCCAACUGGCGUGGUUUCUCUGGUGGUCAACGUGAUAUGUAUCAUGAAGUACUCAAAUAUGGUGCUCAAAUUGUGGAUGCUCUUAGUAAUUACAAACAACCUGUGUUUGUGUAUGUGGUACCCAACGGUGAACUUCGUGGUGGUGCUUGGGUUGUGGUGGAUCCUACGAUCAAUGAAGAUUAUAUGGAAAUGUAUGCUGAUGUACAAGCUCGUGGUGGUGUAUUGGAACCUGAAGGUAUUGUAGAAAUCAAAUAUCGUCGACCUCAACUUUUAGCUACGAUGGAACGUUUGGAUCCUACCUACGCUGAUUUGAAACGACAAUUGACAGAACAUUCAGGGGAUGAUGAUGAAAAGAAGGCGGAAAUCAAACGUUUAGUGGAAGCUCGAGAACAAGAACUCUUACCAGUAUAUCAACAAAUCGCCAUUCAAUUUGCUGAUUUACAUGAUCGCGCAGGACGUAUGCAAGCCAAGGGUGUGAUUCGUAAACCUUUGGAAUGGCGUUACUCUCGACAUUACUUCUACUGGCGUGUGCGUCGUCGAUUGCAAGAAGAAUACACGUUCCGUAAGAUGAUGGAUGCCAAUAACCGAUUGACUCGCAAGCAAAUGCAAGCUGCUAUACAACAAUGGUUCCAAGCUGAUAACAACGAUAGUGGAUUUGAAACGGAUGAUCAAGCUGUGGCUGAUUGGUUUGAAAAGCGAGGUGAUCUGAUUGAACAACGUAUUGCCAAACUCAAGUCUGAAGCUCUCAAGGAACAAGUUGUAUUAUUGGGUGCUGUGGAUCAAGAAGCUGUCAUUGAAGGAUUUAGCAAAUUAGUGGAAGGAAUGAGUUUAGAAGAACGUAAAGAAGUAUUAAGGAAAUUGGCCACUCGAUUCUAAGUUAUGAUUCCUCACUUAUAUAUAUCUUAAUCAUUCAACAAACACACUUUCUCCUAUCUUACCCAUCUACUUUCUUUUUUUUAUUCAUUUUAUUAUUGUUUUACAUUAUAUCGUCUUUUUUUUUUUUUGUACAUCCCUUUUAUCAUUCUAUAUAUACAUAUGAAAUAAACAAUAUUAUCAAUCUUAUUUUUUUUUUUUUUGGUUAUGUUUAAAGAGAGACUUCAAAUGAUCACUUUUAUU